UGUGAACGGUGACAGACUAUUUGCCUAGGCUUCGGCCGCGGAAAAGUCAAAAUGGAUGUGUUGCGUGUGUGCGAAGCUUAACUGUACUUGUUUAUCAUAUCAAGAUUCUUCGUGUUACUGUUAAUUUUUAACGAGAAUGUAUUUUGCAGUAGUACGAAACUGCGAAACUGGGUUAACACAUCAAAAUGGACAAGAAGUUGGCUCUGACGGAAACGCUGGUUCAAGCCAUUCAGCAGGACAUGUUCGGCUCGGCCAAGUCUUUAUUGGAGCAAGGUGCCAAUCCCAACCUGGUCCUACCGUCCGGCAUAAGUCCCUUCCAUCUAGCCAUAGGAACAGACUCCUUGAAUGCUCUGCCACUCAUCAAGCUUCUACUACAGUAUGAUGGCAACCCAAACGUCAGGUCUGCUGAUGGCAUGACACCGGUCCAUGUGGCUGCUACUUGGGGACGCUUUCUGGCUUUGCAACUCCUCCUGCUGAACGGAGGCGACCCCGAGUUGUGUGAUGAAGAUGGAGCCAACGCCACGGACUUGGCCAAAGAGAACGAAAACUGGGACUGCCUGAAUCUCUUGACUUCAUACCAGACAGAGGAGGAUGAGGAGGAUUCUCAACUGGACACAUCUGUGACAAGGUAUCUGAACCAGACAAGGAGCAGUUGUGAUGUGCAUCCUGAAUGCAGCCUGGACAGCCAUGACUCGACAGACUUCAAUCACAACUCCGCUCACGCGUCCUUAGAUUCUACCGGUUUGUUGUCCUACCUCCCAGAUGUCUCGUCUUUCUCGAUCUCUAGUUUCACUGAGGACAAGCCGCGGCCUUCAAGAUCUUUCUUCCCAGAUUUGGUCUCACGAACGGAAACACGGGGACAGGACCUUUCUGAGGAAUCUUGUAGCUGCGUCAGUGAACCGGAGAGACAGAAGCGACUGUCCUUAGAGGGGAAGUCUAGGGGAAGCUUUGACAGUCAUGGACACAAGUGCGAAGAAGCAACAUCGCCGGUGCAGAAGCAGGGGUUGGGUGGUAAUGGCAGCAACUUCAAGAGAUGCCAUGACAGAGGGUCAACUCAUCUUGAUCCAAUGGACGGCCCUUCGGUAGCAGAUGAAGAUGGAGUUGGAAGUGAGCAAGAUGAGGAACAUGAUCAUGACAGAACUCUCUCCAACACGUACUUAGAGGAGGUACUCAUGUGUGACAACUGCACUGGCUUGGACGUGACAUCUCCUGACCACAUAUCUGUGUUCAUGAAAGGCUCCCAUAAUGGUGAUACGCCACCCCUUGAUAAAACAAUCGCCUUCUUGUCGGAUCGACGAUCAAUCAGGCGUUCUGCUGCGGUGCUUAGGCAAACAGAAGUUUCCAUUGCGAGCGAGGAGAGUUCAGCAUAUGUGACCUGUCAAAGUCAUGACAUGUCUGGUGUAAACGCCCAGCCAUCAACAACCAAGAGGAAUCCUAGAAGGGUCACGUUUAGUGAUGAGCAAGGAGAUUCCAGUAACUUGUUCCAACAGUCAUCAGAAGAAUUUGGCUUUGCUCAUGCCAGACAUGUCUCUCACGAUCCAUGCAGAACCACUGAAUCCACUGCGGACUUUGACGAGUCAUUAGCCCAUACUGGUGAGUUGAGUGACUUACUGACAUCAGACAAUACUGAGAGUGAUCUGCUGACAUCUGAUGAAAGUUCCCUCUUUCCUCCUUGCAACGGACCAAAAACAAGCAAUCUCCUAAAUGGAUAUAAACAGUCAGCUCAUAACACCGUUUGCGCCGAAGGGUUCGAGAGACCAGAAGCUAAGGCUUUGGCAACUUGGCGGUUCUCAUCCGGUCGUCCACCUUCAAGAUUAACGGAGGAUCAUUCCACAACACAUGAAUCGCACUUUACAGAUUGCAGUGAGGCCGACUCUGACACUGAACAUGACUCGGUUGAGUACCUGUACCACGACGAAAACACCGGAGCCAUGCUAAUUGAGCGGCAGUGCCCAUCAGCUCUGGGUACAAGCAGCAGCUGCCAGGACCUAUCUUGCCUAAACUACAGUCACAUUUCAACGAUUGACGAUACCGUCCUGUAUGACUGGCGAGACUACCAAACAGAUGAGGAGUGUGACUCGUCUCCACCGGCACCGCCGCCCAAGGAGCUGCUUGAAUUGACCAACAAAGGGAUCCGUGAGAUGAUGCGAAAGUACGGGGAGGAGGCAGGUCCCAUCACGGCCACCACACGUAUGGUGUACUUGCAUCAUUUGAACAAACUCCAGAAAGAUCCAGAUUUUGCUAGGAGGGCUGCGAGUAGACAACAGACAUUUCAAGGAUUCCGUUGGGAGCUUGCGGAGUAUCUGAACUCCGGCAGCCUACCAGAACCCGAGCACCAGAUGGCGCAGCAGGAGAAGCUGAUGGUGGCGCCCUUCCAGACGCCCGACCCCUCACGCAAGUGGCGGGAAGGAACGCUCAAGUCAUCCUUCAAUUACUUGUUACUAGACCCACGAGUCACCAAAGACUUGCCAGGCCGGUACACACAACUCACCCACCUGGAGGCAUUUCGGAUGUUUGUGGCUGCCAUAUUUUACAUUGGGAAGGGGAAGCGAGGUCGUCCCUAUGCUCACUUUUACGAAGCUCUGUCCUCAACGAAGCCGGUUGAUGAGGUCAAGGGCCAAACGCCGAGGAAAGCAGCCAAGAAACAGCCGAGUGCUAAGGUUCGUCACAUCCUAGACAUAUGGGCAGCAGGUCUUGGUGUGGUAUCACUUCACUGUUUCCAGAGUGUCAUCCCUGUGGAGGCGUACACUAGAGAAGCUUGUAUGGUGGACGCUAUGGGUCUAUCUCGGCUCACAAACAUUAAGAAGGGGGACUUCUACGGCCCGUCUACCGCGCUGCCUGCUCGCAAGAGGAGACAGAUGGGUGUGUUCCUCCUCAAGAAAGCUUGCCAGAUCUUCCUCGUGGAGGGGGAACGACAGAUCCGACCUGCAGAUAUAGCGCUGGGACAGUGAAACAAAGAAAGCACCUGAGGAAAUAUGCCAAAGACAAAAAAAAAAUUCUACAUUUGUGAUUAGUUAAAGUUUUGGACUACUAACAGAGUGGUGUAACUUGACUGGUAUUUGAAUCUGG